UUUACGGAGGAUUAUGAAAAGAAUAUUAUGAAAGAUAAACAAAUGUGAAGAAAAUGCGAGGAAAUGUGAAAAUCUCUUUUCUACGAUACGUAUGACUAUAAUCUAUAAUCUAUAUUCUAGCCAUUUGCUAUACCUCGUAUUUGCUCAUACAGCGAAAUAUUAAGUCAUUGGAUGUGAAAAUGGCUGAAAAACAAGGACCACCACCACCUAUAGCACAGCAACCAGGUACAGCGCAGUAUGGUCAACAAAGUGGGGAAGUAGUUGUUCAGAAUCCUGGAUUUGUCCAGCUUCAAAUGCCACAACCAAUUCCUAACUGUCCUCCAGGUCUUGAGUACCUUGCACAGAUUGAUCAACUGAUCAUUAAACAAAAGAAAGAACUUUUUGAAAUCUUCACAGGCUGUGAGAUGCAAAAUAAAUAUCAUGUUUACAACACACUUGGUCAACAAAUAUACUUUGUUCAAGAAGAUACAGACUUUUGUACCCGUCAGUGUUGUGGUCCCUUGAGACCAUUUGAUAUUCAAGUGAUUGAUAAUUUUCAACGAGAAGUGAUCCGUCUUGUUCGUCCACUGAGAUGUCAGGGAGCCUGUUGUCCAUGUUGCCUUCAAGUAUUGGAGGUUCAUGCCCCACCUGGCAAUAUUGUUGGAUACGUGAAAGAAAGAUGGACAUGUUGUUAUCCGAAGUGGGAUCUUUUCAAUGCCAAUAAUGAUCUUAUCCUGACCAUUGGAGGACCACUUUGUCAAUGCAAAUGUUGUGGAGAUGUCGUUUAUAAUGUAAUGUCAGCAGAUGAAACAUCUGAGGUUGGAAAGAUCACAAAGCAAUGGAUGGGUCUGAUGGAACUCUUUACCGAUGCAGACAACUUUUCGGUCACAUUUCCAAUGGACAUGGAUAUUUCAGCCAAGGCUGUGAUAUUUGGUGCCGCAUUCCUAAUUGAUUUCAUGUAUUUUGAAGAAAGUGACAACUGAAUCAAGUUAUACUAAUAUAAAAGACAGUACUAUUCUUGACCAUGUAAUCAAUUUCACUGU